UACCUCAGUUACCAUGAAAGCUAUUGCUUACAUUAACAUGAAGGUUAGCUUUUGUGCUAACGUUAGCUUAUCGUUACAUCUUGUGACGUAAAAUCCAUAGGACAGGCACAGCUGUUUUCUAUUCCAUAAUUGUCAGACAGUAUACUGGGGAGGGUACAACCCUGUUUUAACAUGUCUAGUGUCAACAGAUCAUUAACUAGCUAUUUAAAACUCAGUCAGACUCGAAAAACCACUGUUUGAAGCUGUGCAUGAAUCUUUUUUGCUUACGAAACGUAUCUUUGUAUCUUUUACUUGUAUGACAUUUGUCGGCGGCCAGUUUAUUUUUGCUUUGGACUCCUGUUUAUCGCGUGGUUUUUGUCGCUGCCCUACACUUUUCUGUUUCUGCUUUGAAACCGAGCAGCUACCAUGGAUAUUAAAGAGGAGACGACAGCCAUUUUAAAGCGGUUUGACAUAGGAAACAAGUUCUCUAAUCUACCGGUGCUGCCCAAAGCCUCUGUGCUGAUCCCGCUGUUUGUGAAGAAUGGAGAGCUGUGCACCUUAAUGACCCUGCGCUCCAAGGAGCUGAGGACCAGUGCUGGUGAGGUGUGUUUCCCCGGUGGGAAGAGAGACCCCAGUGACAGAGAUGAUGUGGACACAGCUCUGAGAGAGGCAGAGGAGGAGAUAGGUCUACCACCUGAUGCUGUUCAGGUGGUCUGUAGACUGUUCCCUGUCAUUAAUAAGAAUGGUCUGUUGGUGACCCCAGUGGUUGGAUUCAUAGAGGAGUCAUUUUGUCCCUGCCCAAACCCAGCUGAGGUCAGUACUGUGUUCACAGUCCCUUUGGACUUCUUCACCAGCAAGAAGGACCACUUUGCUGCUCACGGUGCUGCUGGGAUGGUGGGGCUGUUGCACUCAUUUUAUUUUGUGGACCCUGAUUCAGGAAGCCAGUAUCACAUAUGGGGCCUGACUGCUAUGUUGGCCAUACUCGUGGCUGCCCUUGCUCUGAGGAAAAAACCUGCAGUUUGAUGUGGGUUUUGACUCUGAGGAUCCAUUUUCCUUCUUCCAACAAAUUCUACAUAAAAGACUUAGUAAAUUAUGACCAGGUCCAUUCCCAAUUUUAGUAAUGCAUUUGUGCCAACACAAAACACCUGAAGUCAGAUUUGUUAUAUAACAGCAGUGUACUAAUUUGCAGCAUUAAUUGUGGGGAUAUAUAUGCAAUGUGAAACUUAACUUAUAUGUAAUAUUUGUUUGAAGAUGAUUUACACUUUCUUUUUUCUUUUUUUUUACUAUUUAGCCUUAACAGGCUUUUUUUUUAUAGCCAGUGCCUGUAUAACCUAGAGGAGGGGAGAAAGGAACCAAAUCGAGACAUUCAGAUUUUUAUUAAUUCAUUUAAUGUAGCAGCAGGAUUACAGAUAUAAACAGAAGAGUAUACAAAUGUCCAGACCAAGGCAAAGUACAUGUUAAUAAUAGUUCAGAUGUAUGAGAACACACUGGGGUUGACCUUUAUCCCUACUGCAGGGUCUUAAGGCUAGAUACUAAAGCUCAAGCUACACAGAACGGAUACAACAGAACUGUUGGAGAAUGUGAAAUAGAAAGCGAACUAGGAAAAGUGAGCAAACUGAUUACACACAAGAUACAGCUCACACUAUUGGCAAUUAACAGUUAUCAUGGUUGCUCCAUUUGAUCAAGCAUUUCACAGCAACAAUAGUAAUGUUGACAAGCACAUCAACACGAGAAAGCUCUCCAUAAAACAAUCUCCACUGUCUCGUCCCUUUUACCUCACAUGUACAAAUCUCAUGAGGCAUGGAAAAAACAUUUUCAACAGAAAAUAAUAAACAAGUUGACAAUUCA